GUCGUACCUGGGAACGAUCCGACGGCUGAGAGCGAUCCCGCCGCAUCAUCUCUCUCUCUCUCGCUCUUCCUCUUUUCGAUCCCCAGUCUCUCUUCCCCAACGACUCCUCCCUCCGCUUCUUCCGUGAAACGAGUCUCUCGGUCUCUCCAUCACUCACUCGAUCGUUUCCUCUUCCAGUCUUUGCCCCCGUCGUCCACACCUUCCAGAAAGCAACGCUGCGUCGCGAGAGCGUCCUAGCUAAUUAACUCGCCUCUGGCUCUCUGUUUCGCGUCGUCGCAGCCGCAGCCAUUUUGUGUCAAACCGUACUUCUUCUUGGCCUGUAUUUUUCUCCUGAUCUCUGUCCUUCCUAACAAGGGCCUCUUUAUUCUUGGAUUUCCGACGCUCGCUACCACUAGAAUUCAUCAUCCGAUUCAACGCUCCGUUCUAAGGAAGAAGAAGCCAGCGAGGGGAACGCAGCCUCGCACCGUCGAGAAGCGGCGGACAAGAUCGUUUUCCGGGUACGAGGAGGCAGGAGAGGUAGCAUCUGGCAAUACCGCUGGCGUUGUGGUUUUGCGGCGGCCGGCGCACGCUGUUUACACGGCGGGUAAACUCGAGUGCAGGGCCGUGGGAACAUCGACAAUAUCUACAGGGUGGCCGUCAGUUACCUGGGCUAUAUACAGAGGAGCAGGUGAAUAUAUAGGGUGAUUGACCCGGUCGUACGUGUGUGUUGAUCUACCGAGCGCAAAGAGGAAGAAGAGAUGCUGGCCUGCAUCGCGUGCACCUCAAAGGAAGGCGGGGAUCAGGACGGCUCCCGUGGUGGUGCGGCCACGCCUCACAGCAAAGAUGCCGUCAAGUCUCUCACCUCACAGCUCAAGGACAUGGUGCUCAAGUUCUCCGGCUCCAGCAACAAGCAGUACAAGCCGACGACGGCCGGGAGCCCGUCCUUCAGGGCCGGGAGGAGCUACCGCCGCCCUUACCCGGGCAGCGGCUUCAUCGACGACGCCACCUUCACGCCGACGACCAACAGGCCCACGAGCGCUCGGGCCGCCGCCGCCAACUCAUCAUCCUCGGCGACAUGGGACAUGACCGGCAGGAGUAACCGCGGAUGGCCGGGCAUCGACGAGGAUCAGGACCGCGGCGCGGCGAGGGAGUGGAUGGCUCAGGUGGAGCCCGGCGUCCAGAUCACCUUCGCCACGCUCCCCGGCGGCGGCAACGACCUCAAGCGCAUCCGCUUCAGCCGGGAGAUGUUUAACAAGUGGGAGGCGCAGCGGUGGUGGGGGGAGAACUACGACCGCAUCGUGGAGCUGUACAACGUGCAGACGUUCAGCGGCCGGCAGCAGGGAGGCUCCACUCCGACGUCCUCCGUCGACGACUCACAUCUGAGAGACUCGUCCUACUCCCGGGGCGGGUCAGCGCGGGACAGCCCGGUCAUGAUGCCGCCGCCGCCGCCAUCAGCAUCAACCAGAGACUCAAUGCCCCGGAGCGCGUCGUGCAAGGCGCCGUCUUACCACGCGCCGCAGCCGCCUUCUUCCGCCAGAGCGGCGUACUACCCGUCGGCGGCCGUGCCGGACCCGUCGGACCACGUCUGGGCGCACCACUUCAACAUGCUCAACUCCGCCGCCGCUGGCCCGUCGUCGUCUUCUUCCGUGAUGAUGGGCGGCAGCGGCGUCGGGGCCCCGUCGUCCUACGACCCUUCGCGCGCCACCAGCUCGUCCCGGGACGACGCGUCCGUGUCCGUGAGCAACGCCAGCGACCUGGAGGCCACGGAGUGGAUCGAGCAGGACGAGCCCGGCGUCUGCCUAACCAUCCGCGAGCUCGGCGACGGCACCCGCGAGCUCCGCCGCAUCCGAUUCAGCCGGGAGAAGUUUGGCGAGGACAGGGCAAAGGUGUGGUGGGAGCACAACAAGGACAGAAUACAAUCGCAAUAUCUUUAGCUGAUAAUAAAGGGAGAUAAUGGCGAAUAGAGUGUGAAGGAGGGAGGGAUAUAGCCGGAUAGGUCGUGGAACCGUGGAAGGGAAUGGUGACAGUGGUGCUUUGCAGAUUUGGCUUGGUGAAAGUGAAAUCCGGAGCUUUUGUGUGAUAGUGGUAUCUAGAUGUGCUCCUCUGUUUCGUGUAGACUGUUGGCAUGUAUAAACUUGAUAUGCUUACCUGUGGUUGUCUUAGUUCACCUUUGUAAGGCACCAAUUCGGUUUAUUCGUUGGUUCAGAUUGGUUCUGUGUUUGCA